AUGUUCGAUAUAUCGAUUGAUUUAGCUAAUAUUUAUCAAUUAGUAUUCAAAUUGUCUAUAUUAACAUAUUACAAAUUGUCAAUACAUGCUACAAAUUUAUUUAUAUCAUUACCAAUUGCUACAAAUCAACAACAACAAAGUGCAAUUGAAUCGCUUAUUAUUGAUCAUCGAUGUUCAUUUGAUGAACUUUCUGCUAUUAUUUCUUUUACAUUGCAACUACGUCGUUUAAAAAUAACACAUGGUUUUAAUCAUCCUUUAAAUAAAGAAUUAAUUCCAUCAAUAAUGUUAGAAAAUUUAACCUAUCUCUCAUCAGAUAUUUAUGGUGUAGAAUUUGAUGGUUUUAAAACAUUUAUUCGAAAAAUGAAUUCGAAAUUAAAAACAUUAAAUGUAAUUAUUCAAUGUGAGGAUAUGAUGUAUCUUGAUGCUUAUCGAUGGAAGCAAUUACUUUUACAUUAUUAUCCUCAAUUGGAAAAAUUCUAUUUCACAUAUUAUGAUCGUAUAGAUAAUAAUAACCAUCAAUAUCAAAUAUAUUCUUGCGGAUUAAAUCCAUUUUCUACAUUGUUUUGGAUUCAACGAAAAUGGAUAUUUAAAGCAAAAAUUGAAGGAACAUCGCCGGUCGAAGAAAACGAUCAGUAA